GGUGAAGUUGAUCCUACUCAAGUUCACAAAUCACUGCAGCGAAUUCGUGAAAGAAAACUAGCACAAUUUAUUCCCUGGGGUCCAGCAAGUAUUCAAGUAGCUCUUUCUAGAAAAUCACCUUAUAUCCAAUCAGCCCAUAGAGUGUCUGGUCUUAUGCUUGCAAAUCACACUAAUAUCAGUUCGUUGUUUGAUCGAGCCUUGACCCAAUAUGACAAGCUGAGAAAAAGAGAGGCAUUCCUGGACCAAUUUCGUAAAGAAGAUAUGUUUAGGGAAAAUCUGGAUGAACUAGAUUCCAGUCGAGAAGUUGUUCAGGAUCUAGUGGAUGAAUAUAUUGCAGCCACUCAAGAAAAUUACUGUUCCUAAGACAGUAUUGGUGCGAUAAUAAGAAUGCUACAGUUGCCAUAAUUUAUAUCACAGAAAAAUUAGUUCUUAACUUAUUUUGUGUUCACCUUUUUAUUUUGAAUAUAAAGACAACUGGCCAAUUUUUA